AUGAAGUUUGGGGGGAAGGGGAUGAUCCAGCUGAUGGUAGAAGUGGAGGAUAGAGGGUUGCGAAAGAAGAGGAGGUGCGUAGACCACGCACUCACGGUGGGGAGAAUCAUCCAAGGUAGAAAGAGGGCGGAAAGCCGACGUACUGCUUUCUUCCUGGACGUGAAAAAGGCAUNAUCCAAGGCAUACGACACCGUGCGGAAAAAUGGGCUGUGGAAGCAAUUGUCCAAGUACGGGAUCAAGGGGAAAAUGUGGAGAGAGCUCAAGAAGACGAAAGAAUGUACGAAAAGCGCGGUCAUGCUAGACGGAGCACUGUCUAAGGUAUUCGACGGUGAACAGGGGGUACCACAAGGUUGCACGCUGUCCCCAACAUUGUUCCAGGUGUUGAUCAACGAUCUCUUGGAAGUCGUAGACGCAGUCCGGAAGCGAGUAAAAGUAGGGGACACGGAAACUUCGGUUUCGGGAAUGCUCUUUGCGGAUAUUUUUCUUGGUAUGUCGGACACCCCCGUGGGACUGCAACUGCAAAUCGACGCGGCGAAGAAGUCUUCUGUUAAGUGGAGAUUGUCUGCGGCCGUUAAGAAGAGUGCUGUCAUGGUAUGCAACGAGAAAAAGGAGGAACCAGUAGAAAAUAGAUGGAAGUGA